GGUCACACGCUUUCGUGCUUCAUGUAAUAACAGAUAGAUUCCGGCCCCUUCUCCUGAGAAAUGUGGACAGUUGGUGGUCGUGUGGCCUUUCUGUUAAAGGCUGCCGUCAUUUCGUCUUCUUUCCGUGUUGUCAGGUGUAGCCGAAGUAAGAAGUUACCUGCCGGGCGCGUCAACGUUAUGCUGACGAGAGCAUGCAGCGUCACACAGCACGCUAGAAACGUUACAGGGAAGCUGGAGCGAAAUGGAGAGGCUAAGAAACCAGUGAUCUGUAUUGAAGGGAACAUUGCCAGUGGGAAGACUACAUGUCUGAAGUACUUCAGCGAAACUAGCAAUAUAGAGGUCCUAACAGAACCGGUCUCUAAAUGGAGGAAUGUCCGUGGACACAACCCUCUGGCACUGAUGUACCAGGAUCCAGAGCGCUGGGGCAUCACACUGCAGACCUAUGUCCAACUCACCAUGCUGGAUAGACAUCUGUCAAUGAUAUCUGCUCCUGUCAGAAUGAUAGAGAGGUCCAUUUUCAGUGCCAAAUACAUCUUUGUGGAGAAUCUCUUCAGAAGUGGGAAAAUGCCAGAGGUGGACUAUGCAGUCCUCAGCGAGUGGUUUGAUUGGAUAUCGACCAACAUUUCCCUCCCUGUUGAUCUAAUAGUUUACCUGCAGACGUCUCCUCAGACCUGCCAUGAGAGGUUAAAGCAGAGAUGCAGAGAGGAGGAGAAAGUCAUUCCAAUGGAGUAUCUGGAGUCCAUCCACCAGCUGUAUGAGGACUGGCUCAUCAAUCGCACCUCCUCCCCUCUGCCUGCUCCUGUUUUGGUUAUUCCAGCGGACCACGACCUCAAAAAGAUGCUUCACCAGUACGAAGAAAACCGGGACAAAAUACUAGCUGCUGGCUACCUCUGACACACGCAUACAUGUAAUAGGUUUAUUAACCUCUUUAUCUUUAAUAUAGCUGCUCUGUUAAGUUACACGGUUUACACGGUUACAAGGUUUUACACAGGUUAUCUCUUCAUGUUGGGUUUGCGAUUACUUCACUGUUGCUUGUUACUGCAGGGUUCAUGUGCCGUAGGAAUACGAGCUUCUUAAAGGAAAAAGAAAACUUAAGAUGGCAUCAGAUGGAACUUCAUUCUAAAAAUAUUUAUUCUAAGUUCUCUUUCUAUCGGGUGAAGAGGAGUCUUUGAAACAAAUCUUAUUUAAGACCAAGUAAAAUAUUUUACCUGCUUAAACCAUCAUUAUAAGCUCUGAGGUUUAGCUGAUUCAUUCCACGUUGUAUGUAGUUUAUGUUCCAGCUGUUAGUUACGGCUUUUAUUUAUUUUGCCAUUUUUUCACACUGAGUUUCAACUUUUGCAACACUUACAAACAGUAUGUGAAGAUGCUCUAUAAUUGAACACCAUGUCAUAAGUUUCUCUGUAAGUCUUAUGAAUGAAGAUUUAUUCUGUUCUAUGUUUUCCUACAUAAAUAAGUAAAUUUUUUAAUCCCAA